UGCACUACAUCACCGCAUAUACCAUUUUUAUAUAAGAAAACAAAACUGAAGGCGACAGAUGGAGACUGCUAGAGAGACUGAGGUGUAGUGAUGUACAGAUUGACACUUAAGUAGAUAGAUUGAGAAAUAAGUGUUGCCUUUCUGUAUUUUAUUUUAUUUUUUUACAGAUACACAACAUUCAGUUCAACACAUUUUGAAUGACUGUGUCUUUCCAUAACUUUCCAUGACCUACAAUGGCAACACUGUUGGUGUCCCUGAGCUGCUACUGGCAACUCUGGAGGAGCUGACAGGAAAAGACCUGAAAUCAUUUCACUGGUACCUAAAUCAGAGCAUUCUAGAUGGCUUUCCUCAGAUAUCCAAGUGUCAUCUGGAGAACGCUGACCGGCAAGACACUGUGGAUAAGAUGUUGAACACCUACGGCCAAGAUGGAGCUGUGAAUAUCUCAAUGGAAAUCCUGAUGAAGAUGAAUCAGAAUGAUCUCACCAAUAAGCUGAAGGAAGUUUUUCAAGACAAGACUAUGGUUAAGAGAGCGUUGUCCACCAUUCCUGUUCCCGUCUCUCCUGUCAACCUCACUUGCACAGCUCAGACUGGUGGCCAUGUUGUGGCCCCUUCGCUCUCCAGCUGCAAUAUUGAUGGUCCAGUUUACUUCAACAUCAGAGUUAACUCCUUAGACGACGACGAGCCCAUAAUUCCAUUUCAAGCUUCACCUUCCCAUCUGACCACUGUUCCACCUGUUCCUGUAACCACUGAAGACAAUGCAGAUAAGCAAAUUGAGACGUACCAGUCUCAACUCAAAUUCAACCUUCAAAGAAAGUUUUGCCGUGUGCUUGAGGGAAUGGCCAGGCAAGGGACCGCAAUACUUCUCAACAAGAUAUAUACAGAGCUCUACAUCACAGACACUAGAAGCACAGAGGUCAACAAUGUACAUGAGGUUAAACACAUUGAGAUGGCAUCGAGAAGACCAGGAACACAAGAAAAGGCAAUCAAAUGCAAUGAUAUUUUUCUACCUUUACCUGGGCAAGGUCAACCUAUCAGAACUGUUCUGACGAAAGGAAUUGCUGGCAUUGGGAAAACGAUCUCAGUGCAGAAAUUUAUUCUGGACUGGACUGAAGGAAGAGACAACCAAGAUAUUCAGUUCAUAUUUCCUCUUUCUUUUCGAGAACUGAAUUUGAUGAAGAACAUAAAAUUCAGUUUGAAAGAGCUUCUCUACACAUUUUUUACAGAAAUGAAAGAAUCAGAAAUCUCUAACUACAAAAACUAUUAUGUGUUGUUUGUCUUCGAUGGUCUGGAUGAGUGUCGGUUUCCUCUAGACUUCCAGAACAAUUACAUAUUAUCUGAUAUUACAGAGUCAGCUUCAAUUGAUGUGCUGCUAACAAACCUCAUCAGGGGGAAUCUGCUUCCUUCUGCUCGGCUUUGGAUAACUUCCCGGCCUGCAGCAGCUAAUCGGAUCCCUGCUGAGUUUGUUGACCAAGUGACAGAGGUACAAGGUUUUAAAGAUUCACAGAAGGAGGAAUACUUCAGGAAGAGAAUCAAAGAUGAGAACUUGGCCAACAGAAUCAUCAAAAAUAUUAAGACAUCGAGAAGCCUCUACAUUAUGUGCCACAUACCAGUGUUCUGUUGUAUCACCGCCAGAGUUCUGGAGAAUAAAAUGGGGAAACCAGAGAGUGGUGAGUUACCCAAUACCCUGACUCAGAUGUACACACAUUUCCUGGGAUAUCAGUUGGAAGACAUGAAUCUCAAGCUUCACAAACGAGGAAACCUUGACCCUGGCUGGAUGAGAAAGACCAUCAUGACCCUUGGAAAACUGGCAUUCCAACAACUGGAAAAAGGCAACCUGAUCUUCUAUGAGGAAGACAUAAAGGACUGUGGCUUAAAUACCAGGCAGGCAUCAGUGUACUCAGGAGUAUGCACAGAGAUAUUUUGUGAGGAAAUGACCAUGUGCCAGGGAAAAGUAUUCUCCUUUGUGCAUCUCAGCAUUCAGGAGUUUCUAGCAGCUCUGUUUGUGUUUCUCACAUUCAUCAAUGAAAAUGUAAAUCUAUUAGCUAAACAACAAUCCUUUCAUACACAUUUUGCAUUCAAAAAAUCUUCGAACAGCAUCUACAAAGCUGCAGUGGACAAGGCCAUAAAGAGUGAGAGUGGACACCUGGACCUGUUCCUUCGUUUUCUUGUAGGCCUCUCCCUGGAAUCCAAUCAGAUUCUCCUUCGAGGCUUGCUAACUCGGAAGAUAAACAGCUCAGAGACCACCAAGGAAACCGUAAGGCACAUCAAGGAUAAGAUCAAUGAGAAUCCAUCACUAGAGUGCUGCAUCAAUCUGUUCCACUGUCUGAAUGAACUGCAUGACCAUUCUCUAGUGGAGGAGAUCCAAAGAUACCUGAGCUCAGGCAGUCUAUGUAGAGCCAAACUCUCCCCUGCACAGUGGUCCGCCCUGGUCUUUGUCUUAUUGACUUCAGAAGAGGAGCUGGAAGUGUUUGACCUAAAGAAUUACUCCAGAUCAGAGGAGAGUUUUCUGAGGCUUCUGCCGGUUGUUAAAGCCUCCAAAAUAGCCCUACUGAAUCAAUGCAAACUCACAGAGAGAUGCUGUGAAGAGUUGGCCUCAGCUUUCAUUGUGAACUCUUCGCAUCAGAGAGUGCUGGACCUGAGUUACAAUAACCUACAAGAUUCAGGGGCGAAGCUGCUCUCUGCCGGACUGGGAAGUCCACAUUGCAAACUGGAAACUUUGAGCCUGAGACGAUGCAAACUCACAGAAAGAUGCUGUGAAGCAUUAGCCUCAGUUCUCUGCUCAAACUCCUCAAACCUGAGAGAGCUGGACCUGAGUGACAACAACUUACAGGAUUCAGGAGUCAUGUUACUCUCUGUUGGACUGGAAAGUCUGAACUGUAAACUUGAGGUAUUAAGUUUGUCAUUUUGCAGAGUCACAGAAAAAGGAUGUGCUUUUUUAAACUCCUCUCUCAAGUCCAACCCCUCACACCUGAAAAAGCUGGAUCUGAGCUACAAUCACCCAGGAGCCACAGGAGUGAAGCUGCUCUCCGCUUUACUGGAGGAUCCACACUUUAAACUGGAGACAUUUAGUGUGGAGUGUUGCGCUGACAUCAGGAUCAGACCGGGACCACAAAAAUAUGCCUGUGAGCUCACGUUGGACCCAAACACAUCACAUCGAGAUCUCUGGUUGUCUGAGGAUAACAGGACAGUUAAGCGAGGGAGUAAGCAGCCAUAUCCGGAUCAUCCAGAGCGGUUUGACUUCUGGAGGCAGAUCUUGUGCAGAGAGGGUCUGACUGGGUGCUGUUACUGGGAAGUAGAGUGGAAUGGGAGAGCUGGGAUAGGAGUAGCUUACAGAGCGAUCAACAGGAAUGGAGAGGGACAUGACUGCUGGCUUGGGAAAAAUGCUGUGUCCUGGAGUCUGAGCUGCUUGAAUGGCAGUUACACUGCCUGGCACAACGACAGGAGCACUGCCAUAACCAUGGUCGUUGUCACCCACAGAGUAGGAGUAUAUCUGGAUUGGCCGGCCGGCACUCUGUCUUUCUACAGCGUCUCCUCUAACACACUGACACACCUGCACACGUUCCAUGACAUGUUCACUGAGCCCCUGUAUCCAGGGUUUAGGCUAGGUUGGGUGGACUCCUCUGUGUCCUUGUGUGAGGUCGAAUAGCCUCACCGGAGGAACCUGCCUCCUCAGGAAGAUCACUCGAUUUCUGAAAAACCUUGACGGAUCACUGAUAUUCUCAUUUUUUAUUUGAACCACUCUAGAUGUGACUGAAGUGAUGGAUGUGUGAUGAUGAAUGAACGGUGUUAAGAUUAAACGUUGGUUCCCCGAA